GUAUACUUGUCAGUGAGGCAGAGAAAACAGGUCAUUCUCUGGAAAACCUUUAUCGUAUUUCCGAGUCACUAGGAGCACUUUAGGGCCCUUCUUUUACGCCCCCUCCGUCUCUCUGUGGCUGGUAUAAUGGCCCAGAGCCCGAGUCAAUAUGCUACUCCGUCUUUCUCGCAAAUGAAUUUAAGAAUUGUUAAAGCAAAUCUUCAAGAAAAUGGGAAAAUAUUUGCUCGUAAUACAUUCUGUGAAGUGAUAGUUGAUGGUCAGAAACACGGUAACCUUAAGACUGAUGUAUGCAAGAAGACAAGCACUCCGGAAUGGGACGAAGAAUUCACAGCUUUAGUUACUCCGUCUAGUAAAUUAUUAUUUAUAAUUCACAAUCAAGGAUUGUUUAGUUCAGUAUUAGGACAAGUCUCAUUGGACCUUGGACCAAUCAUCAGAGAACAUCAGGGAUAUGGUAAGGAGAGGGAGAGGGAGGAAGAGAAAGGCUCACAAGUGGUUGGUACCCUCACCAUUGAACUAAACGAUUUACACGUACAACAAUCAAGCAACACGCCUAACAAUAGUUCGCCAGCGCCUAACGACGAGACCACAUCCACAACAGCCACGCCCAAUCGUACUGAAUCUCCAAUAGCACCUGUUGCUUCAGCCCCGCCCCCUUUAUCUGAGCCUCUGUUGAAUGUCACUCCUAGUCCUCAGAUUUCGCGGCAAACCUCGCCCGGUGGACCAGAGCCGUCCCAACCACCACUCCACCGGUGUCUGUAUUGA